AUGCAAAUGGCUCUUGCAAUAGAACAUCAACGUAACAUGUUGGAGGCACAUUAUCUAAAGGCAAGUAUGACUCCACCUAUACCUAGUCAACAAAACAGCUAUAUUUCGACAAGAACCGAUAUAACUCAGCAAUCACCACCUCAAAAGAUAGAGCAGUGGUUAACACCGUCGACAACUACUAUCACUCCACAAACUACCAAUUCCGUUGAAGAAUUUUGUAGCAACAAUAUGGCUUCUCUAUCCCUGCGUGGUUUUACUGAGCGGACAAGUAAUACAUGUUCCAUGUACGAGCCGCAACAUGUGUAUACUUCACCGAUGCAUUCAACUCAAGGAGUGCUACAAAUUAACGACAAUAACAACUGCAAUAUGGUUCAAGGUUUUAUCGCUCCAUAUAUGACUAUUGAACAACAAUCGGCGCCUGGCUCAUCCACUACCACAACUCAACAACAACUUCAGCUCAACAAUGAUUGUCUCAUUCACGACUCAUUUCACAAUCCAACUUUCAUACCUAAUAUGGUGGUACCAUCGACAACUGAUUCUCUUCAUCAAGGUAUUUCAAACAUCACUGUUCCUUUUCCGGAUUAUAAGUGCAAUUCAUAUCCUCCAUACAAUAGUCUUGAAGUGGUACAAGCUCAGCUGGAUGCAUUACAAAACUCAAGCACUAGCCGAGAAACCACUUCUCAUGAAACCAACUUAUCGCCUUCUGUCACAGGAGAUGACGUAGAUCCAGUGGAUAGAUAUAUCGAUUGGGGUAAAGUUGAGGAAAUGGAUUUUGAGCUUGAUCCAGUUGAAGUACUGGAGGCUUUAGGUUUUGGUGUGUAA